UAACCCGUACGGAGUACGUAAUUUGUUCUAGGUCUAAUUUGUAGUUGCAAAUUGCAGGUCUGUUUUUUUUGGAGUCAACAAAGCAUCGAAGCAGAAAAAAAUAGUGAAAGUGUUAUUGAGCUGGUUUCUUUGCGACGAAGAUCUAAUAAACUAUUUUGUAAGAUGUCGAAUCGAACGCAGACUGCGUGGCAAGCAAGGCACGUUCCUGCCAAGAAGGAUUCGAAAUCCGCGGAACAUUCCUCCGUACAAUCUCGGCAAGGAAACGACAAGAAAAUGACGGCUACGCCAGCCACCACGUCAGGCUACAGCAACCUUGAACGGUUUGGCGCGAUAUCGAAGCAGCAUCAAGAUGGCAUAUCGAAGAAACUGGAAGAGCUUAAACAGAAACUUGGUGACGAGAUUGAUAGCGACGAGGAGGACGCGCCUCUGGCAAAUAAAGAAGAAAUUUUCAGCAACAUUAUACGGCAGUACAAUGUGGAUGGCAGAUACGGUGGAAAUGGCGGAGCCGGAGAUUCCAUCGAUGUUCGCAGAAUUCUUGGGAAUGCCUCAUCAGUCAGUGCUUCGACUUGUCUGGUUUGCAUCAGUUCCUUGAAGCGGACCGAUCCACUGUGGAACUGCGAAAACUGCGCAUCCUCAUUCCAUCUCGGUUGCAUUCAGAAAUGGGCAAAGGACGGUGUAAUUCGCAGCUCGUCGUUUCUUUCCGAUGAAUAUUUUCCUGAGAAAGAUCGAUUUUGGGCAUGCCCAAAAUGCCGAUUCGAAUAUAAAACUCAGAACGCGCCGACCCGCUACUACUGCUUCUGUGGAAAGACAGUGGAUCCGCCAAAUGAUCCCUGGAUUUUGCCGCAUAGUUGUGGGCAGUUGUGCGAGAAGCAUCUGAAAAGUAACUGUGAGCACAGAUGCGUAUUGCUUUGCCAUCCAGGUCCAUGCCCUCCCUGUCCAGCCACGUGCAGCAUUUCUUGCUUCUGUGGAAAGAAAAAACACGUGGCGCGUUGUGGUACAGCUCCUGCCAGCUGUGGAACAGCGUGCGGCAAAAUGCUGUCAUGUGGAAAACAUUCUUGCAGAGAAACGUGUCAUCCAGGAGAUUGUCAACCUUGUGAGCAAACACUACCAAUGAAAUGCGCGUGCGGUACGGAAACGCUACCACAGCCUUGUGGGACACGGGAGUGGCACUGUCAACGUAUCUGCGGCAAAACAUUUGCUUGUGGUGCGCAUAAAUGCAGCGCGCAGUGUCACAGUGGUUCGUGUGGACCAUGUCCCCGAAGCAUGCCGAGAUCAUGUCCGUGUGGUAAAACAAAGGCCGUUACUGACUGCAUUGCAGAAAUUCAACCGUGUAACAAUACGUGCGGCAAGCCGGUUUGCGGACACCACUUUUGCUUAGAGCUAUGCCAUUUUGGUGAAUGUGGACCAUGCAUGCAGUCGACAAAGAAAACAUGUCCUUGUGGCGCAAAAACUAAGCAGCUCCCGUGCUCCAAGGAUUUCACUUGCGAUACGAAAUGCAAGUCUAUGAGAAAUUGCAACCGGCAUGCUUGCAACAAGAGAUGCUGCAUGGGAAAUUGCCCUCCUUGUGACCAGAUUUGUGGGCGCAUGCUCAGCUGUCGCACCCAUAAAUGCGACAGCUUAUGCCAUUCCGGUCCGUGUUAUCCUUGCUCGCAGAUGGUGGAUCUUGGUUGUGCUUGUGGCCGAAGUGUGAUCAGUGUUCCGUGUGGUAGACAGCGUUCUGUUAAAGCACCGAAAUGCUCAUAUGCAUGUGAGCAGCCACCUAACUGCCAUCAUUCCGUCCGCACCCGACAUCCCUGCCAUUUUGGAAAAUGUCCUCCGUGUGUGCAGAUUUGUGAAAAACGUCUUGGUUGUGGCCACACGUGUCAAGCUAAAUGUCAUUCGGCCGUGGAAGUAACUUUGCGGAGCGACAGCGACCGGCCGGCCGGACCAUGGGAAAUGAAGGCUGUGCCGGAUGUGGAAAUACGGAACUACCCGUGUCCUCCCUGCGAACAGUUGGUCCCGGUCCCUUGCUUUGGAGGGCAUGACGAAACGCUUAUGAAAUGCUACCUGAAACGAAUAGCUAGUUGUGGACGUCCGUGUGGGAGAAAAAUGGACUGCGGUAAUCAUUUGUGUCCAUUACCGUGUCACGAAUUGGAAGGAGCGGCUGGUGAUGUCACGGUUGACGCUGCCUGCGAAGAAUGUACGUCUCUUUGUACUCGCGCGACCCCAUGUGGUCAUCCGUGUAUCCUUCCUUGCCAUCACGGUCCGUGUUCACAAUGUGCGGAAAUCGUUCGUAUCAAAUGCCACUGCCAGAGCAUGAUACUGAAGUUUUCUUGUGCCAAAGUUUUCGGAUUGAGUGAAGAAGAAAAGAGGGUUUUGUUUUCAUGCAAAGCUCAGUGUCCGAGUUUAUUGACUUGUGGACAUCCGUGCUCGAAGUUGUGUCAUAUUGCCGUUGAACCCCAUUCCAACAUUUCUGAUUGCAAGAAGAAGGUGCAAGUGAAGUGCCCGUGUGGGAAUUUGAAAGAACAACAUUCCUGUAAUAAAGUCACCAGUGGAUAUAAACUUGCAUGUAACGCUGAAUGCCAGGCUCUGGCAGACGCUAAACGAAAGGAAGAAGAGCAACGUGUUCAAGAUGCAGCCGAUAAAAAAUUAAAAGCUGAGCAAGAACUGCAGGAGCAGUACGACAGAAAGAUGCGAGGUCGGAAGCGACGCAGAGAUCGAAGGGGGUCUGCGGACGAUCAGCAGAAUUUUGUGGUGGAAAAUUGGAAGCAUCUUACUGGUGGAGCGGUCUUUCUGCUGCUGUUGGCGAUUCUGCUGCGAAGUUUCCAGGUGAUAUGAUUUCGGGAGGUUUUGCACAACUCCAUUGAGGUGAUUGUCUCUUUUAAGUUGACGACACGUUUAAAUAUUGAAUAAAAUGAGAACUUUAUAUUUAUAUAGUUGCACACAAUGAAUAACAAUAAAUCACUAAUAUAUUUUAAUAUAUCUGCUUCAUUUAUAGUCAUUUUGUAUGUUAACCAAUUCGCUUAAAAGUGGACACAUUAAAUGUUAGGAAUUGCGAUCAGCUAUCAACUAAUCAACUUUUCCUGUCUUGUAUGCGCAUCCACGGGCUUAAUAUAAUAACAAUCAGUAAAACAUAAAGAGU